UCGUGAGCCAUGGCCUCCCUGCAGACCUGGACCAAGUACUUCACAGCAUGGAUCUUCUGCUGCUGUUGUUGCUGUCUCCCUCUUCUUCUCACCAGCCCUCUGCCUCCAAAAGGGGUAGGAGUGGCUGUUGCUGCCCAUCAUGCCUGCAAACUCAGGAAGAUCAACUUCCAGCAGCCCUACAUCAGGAAUCGCACCUACACCUUGGCUAAAAUGGCCAGGGUCUCAGACCAGGACACAGACAACAGGCUCAUUGGACAGCAACUCUACGUUAACAUCAAGGAAAACAACCGCUGCUACAUGAUGAAGAGAGUUGUGGAGAUCAUCGUGAAAGAUGUCCUCCUGUCUGAGGCCAAGGAUCAGUAUCCCUACACAGAGGAGGUAGCACAGUUCUUGGCGUCCAUGACCUCAGAGCUGAGCAGAUGCAAAUUCUCAGGACACAGAGAGCACAUGGAAAAGAAUUUGGAAGGAAUGAAAAGCAAAAUGCAACAGUUGGGAGCAAAUGGAAAGAAUAAAGCCAUUGGAGAACUGGAUUUACUGUUUGACUACGUAGAAAAUGCAUGUACUGACACCCCAAAGAAGGGAGGGAACAAGAAGAAAAACUGAAAGAAUUGCGAAUCAGGCCAGAAGAAGGGUCUUCAAGAAACUCUUACUAUGAAACAAAUUGACUAACUAUUGUGGAAAAAAACCCCACACCCCUAGAUGCUGUUUAUUUUUACCUGUACAAAAACAGCAAGCCAAGUGGGUACAGAUGGGAUGUGUAUUGCUGCCUUCUUUGAAAAAGAAAGCUCCACAGCAGUGUUUGCAGCUCCAUUUCAACAAAGGACAUUGGUUAUUUUCGAAGGCGCAUUUCUGUCCUGCUAAUCUCUAUUGAAAUGAGGCAACUGCUUCUGUAUUUUGCAGGCUGAGACUUGACAGCUGUGAAUCAGCUUUGUUCAAGGUAGGCAGCGAUACAUAGCCAAGAUGUUUUGAGCCUUUAACUUGGAAACCUCUCUCGCAUAUGUUGCCCCCUUCUGACCUUUACCUGAAAAGUAGAUAUUUUAGAUUCAUUUAAGAAUUAGUCUUGUCAUUCAUAUUUAAUGGUAACUUAUUUAAGAUAAUAAUUAUUCAGUGCUUUUAUUUAUAUAUAUCAGUUGAAAAAUAGUCGAGGAAAUGUA